AUGGACGACACGCCCUUUUCUGUGGACGUUCUCGUCGACGGCCAUGUGCUGGAACGACUGUCCGACGACCAUGGCUUUUUCGUGCGCGGGCGCCCAGGGACCCUCUAUAGCAUUGUGUUGGGAUUCGACGGGCCGGGCGGAUCUACUGUUGUGGCCAAGGUGUUCGUCGACGGCCAUCCAGUGUUCCUGGAGCCGAGGUUCGCGCGCAGCUUGAACCCGGGGAAGCUGCGGGUGAAAGGCUGGGACGUGGCGAGGAUCGUCGAAGACAUCGACGCAGAUUGGUUCCAGGAGGCUUACGACAUUGCGCCGUUCAGGUUCAGGUUUCCAGUCGUGACGGGCGGUCCGGCGGAUCCCAAUCUGGGGACCAUCCGUGUCGAGUUGUACGAAGCGUUGGCCCAGGAGCGUAUGAACAUGCGCGGGGGCCCGCCGUCCUUGGUGCGGCCCGCAGCCGUGCAGCCGCGGCAGGGCAAGAAGGCGCACAUGGCCGAGCGCCUGACGACGGAGGCGGGUGAGAAGGAGAGGACGGCCUUCGCCGUCCGCUCCAAGUCCGGCAGGCACACCGUCUUCGACGCGGGCAGCCUCUUGCACACGAUCUGCCUCCGCUACUUCCAGGACCACAGCGGCGGUGGCAGCAGCAGCGGCAGCCACGGCGGGGGCCGCCCUCGGGGCCUGCACGAGGCCGGGGGCGCACCGCCCGCGCUUCCGUUCCCUGGUCCCGGAGUCCGCCUCGGCGGCCGACCCCGCGAGGACCGCGGGCCGCGGGCUGCCACUGCGGCAGACAGCGGCGCUGCCGCGCGAGCUCCGGGGAGUGGCGCCCCCAACGGAGCAGAGGAGAUGGAUGCAGACAUCGCGACGGCGGUGGAGAACUCUCUCGCCAGCUCCCAUCAGGAGGAGGCGCGCCUGAUCGACGACGCCCUGCGCCAGUCGCUCCAGGCCCAGGAGGAGGAGGAGCGCUGGCUCGCAGAGGCAGUGCGCCGGUCGCUCCAGCCGCUGGAGGCCGACGGCGAGAUGGACCACGCGGCAGCGCAGAGGGCCGCUUCAAGCACGGGCCCCACGAUGGGCGCCGACGCGGCGGGGCCGACGACGGGCCCCGCCGCAGCCGCGCGAGCGCCGAGCCCCGCCGCGGCCGCAGCGGCCGCGGGCGCCGCUGCAGCUGCAGCGGAGGUGCGGCCGGGCGCCGCCGCGUCCGAGGCCGGCGCUGCUGGGCCCUGGCCCGCGGCGGGGUCGACCGCGUCCGAAGCCGAGCUGGGGGCGAGCCAGCGCCCAGGUGGCCCGCUGGGAGUCCUCUACGACUACCGCGUCGGCGAGGAGGGGCACCUGAGGGCGCUGUACAGGCUGCCGGGUCACCUCGCUGCGGCCGGCGCUGCGCCGAAGCCGCAACCGCCCGUGGCGCCCGACAGGCCCUGGCAGAAGUACCGAGACGGGGAGGGGGCGAUGUGGUGGUACAAGGACGACAACGAGUGGUUCCGGGAGGACAGCCCAGGGGAGUGGCAGCGCUUUCGCCUCACUGUGGGCUCUCGGGGUGGCUACUGGUGGUACAAGGACGACAGCAACUGGUUCCUCGAGGACGACGCGGGACGGUGCGCCGACGAGCAGGGGCACCAGGAGGCGGCACAGUCACUGCCAGGCCAGGUCGCCGCUGCUGGCGGAUCGCCCGAAGCCGCUUGGCAGAAGUAUCGUGACGAUGCUGGGAUUUGGUGGUACCGUUCUGGUCGUCGUGCACGGAUUGGUUCCGCGAGAACGACCCUGGGGAAUGGCAGUGCUUCCCCAUUCCUGGAGAUCCUCGCGGAGGUUGCUUUUGGCGACGGCAUUCGGACGGGGACUGGUUCCUGCGCGACACGGGCGCCAAGUAUUAGAUUCCGUGGUGCCGCCAUCUUGCGUGCCGCUCAGAUACUUCAGCAGUGA